ACUGAGACCCAGCAUUGUGACUCUCAGCCCACACACAAGAGCGACGAGAAGGAAGGACACUGUGACAUGAUGAAAACAGAAAUUCCAGCAGCCUCCAGAUAUGAUUACUGGUCCCUCCCCCGCCAAGCCCCAGCUCUGCAUUAUUUGCCUGCUUGGCCUCCAGGUGGACAACUCCAGUCAGCAAUGCCAGAAAAGAUGACAGACUGUGAGUUCAUGUACAUCCACUCUCUGGCUGAGGACUAUCUCCAGUAUGUCCUGCAGGCACCUGCUGUUAAAUCUACUCCAAGCAAAACAUCCAGAGUGCUACAAAGAGUUGCUUUCUCCGUUCAAAAAGAAGUUGAAAAGAAUCUGAAGCCAUACUUGGAUGGUUUUCAUGUGGGAUCCAUAGAUACUGCCAGAAUAAUAUUCAAUCAAGUGAUGGAAAAAGAAUUUGAAGACGGCAUCAUUAACUGGGGAAGGAUUGUAACUAUAUUUGCUUUUGGGGGUGUUCUCCUCAAAAAACUUCCACAAGAACAGACUGCUUUGGGUACUUAUAAGCAAGUUUCCAGGUUUGUGGCUGAAUUCAUAAUGAAUAACACAGGAGAAUGGAUUCGUCAGAAUGGAGGCUGGGAAGAUGGCUUCAUAAAGAAGUUUGAACCUAAAUCUGGAUGGCUGACUUUUCUGGAAAUGACAGGGCAGAUCUGGGAAAUGCUCUUUCUCUUCAAGCAACACUAUUGACCAGAGAGAAGCCUGGCUCCUGUAAGAAUGGUCACCGGUACUUAAUGCUUCCAUUUAUAAGCAAAUAGCUUGGAUGAUGAAACUUCACUGUCCAGAGUUGCUCAUAUUUUAUUCCCAUGUUAAUGAAUAAAUUACCAGUUUUUGUUUC